UCCUUGGCGCUGGAAACUAUAUAAACGGACCGCUUAUAAUUGGCUAGGCUAGCUGGGAGAUUUUUAACCAAAGUACGCCAUGUCGUUCCACACCGUUCGUGCAGUUGUCAUCGCGUUAUGCGCUAUCGCUAUCGUCGCUGGAGAUUAUCAGCUCCCUGCAACCGUGAAAACCUGCAAAAGAGAUUCCGAUGACUUUUCAUCUUGUUUGAGGCUAGCCAUACAAGAAGCAUGGCCCACGUUCGUUUCAGGAUUGCCAGAGUUCGACAUACCCGUUUUGGAUCCUUAUUACACCGAGUCUCAUUCCAUGGAAUUCGAAAAUGGCCAACAGGGUGGAAAAAUGCUUGCCACGGACAUUCGAACAUACGGUCUUGCCAAAGCACGUUUCUUAUCUGUGAAACCGGAGAUGGUAGACGAUCUCUUCCGCUUGGAAAUCGACGUUGAGAUACCAAAGAUUUUAAUCGAUGGCAACUACAAAGCCGAAGGUUACCUGGCAUCUUUUAGAGUGGGUGGAAAAGGUUUCUUCAACAUUAGCAUGGAGGACCUCAGAGUCACAUGGGACAUCUCCGGUCACGUAGUAAACGAUAUAUGGGUUGUGGAACACUUCAAACUAUCGCCUACAGUUGGAAAUAUGAAAAUCUGGUUCAGUGAUCUCUUCAAUGGAAACAAUGAACUGAACCGAGCUGCUCUCGUCUUCAUCAACGAAUACUGGCCUCUGAUAUACCGAGCAAUAUUGCCAAAAUUGACAGAAUCUUGGGACACGUAUCUGACCGAAUUCACCAAUCGUUUCUUCUCGAAGAUACCUUUCUCAACCGUGUUUCCUUGAGUCACGUCAGAACUAUAGCAAUAAAAUAAUUGUAAAAAAAGGAAAAAGCAUAGAUCUAAGAAGGAAGAAAGAAAUUUGAAGAAAAUUGAAGAAUGAAACCUGGAUAGAUUUUUCGAUGGAGUUAAACGUGGAUUGAAAUGGGAGAAAGGGACGCAGAACUGAUUGAAUUAUAUAAACGACGUAAGGCGAAUAAUUUUAUGGACAUUUUGUAAGAUUUAUUUGAUACACAAAUUGUAUGGGUUUCGAGGAUCCUUUUUUAAUUACCGAAGACACAGCUGCUAACAAAGCGGUGAUUAUACACAUGGAUUGUUAACUAGUGUUGUUAUUGGAUGAAGCAUCAUGUAAGAUAUAAAUAAACGCGAUGUCGAGUGUUAA